AUGGUGCAUUCUUUGAUUGAAGCGUAUUCCUUACUCGACCAGAUGAAGAUAGUCAAGCCUAAAGUGGCCUCCAUGGAGGAGAUGGCGAGCUUCCACACAGAUGCCUACCUGCAGCACCUGCAGAAGGUCAGUGAGGAGGGGGACGAUGACCAUCCAGAGUCCGUGGAGUAUGGACUGGGUUACGACUGUCCAGCUACUGAGGGGAUCUUUGAGUAUGCGGCAGCCGUGGGAGGAGCCACCAUCACCGCAGCCCAGUGCCUGCUGGAUGGCAAGUGCAAGGUAGCGAUUAACUGGCCUGGAGGGUGGCAUCAUGCAAAGAAAGAUGAAGCUUCUGGCUUCUGUUACCUGAACGACGCUGUCUUGGGAAUCCUGCGGCUGCGCCAGAAGUUUGACCGUGUACUGUACAUCGAUUUGGAUUUGCAUCAUGGAGACGGAGUUGAAGAUGCCUUUAGUUUCACCUCGAAAGUCAUGACUGUUUCCCUGCACAAGUUUUCGCCAGGAUUCUUCCCAGGCACUGGUGAUGUGACCGAUGUUGGCCUGGGGAAAGGGCGCUAUUACAGCGUGAAUGUACCUAUUCAGGAUGGCAUUCAGGAUGAGAAGUAUUACCAGAUCUGUGAAACCGUGCUGAAGGAGGUGUACGCCGCCUUCAACCCCGACGCCGUGGUGCUGCAGCUGGGGGCGGACAUCAUCGCCGGAGAUCCCAUGUGCUCCUUCAACAUGACCCCCGAGGGCGUGGGCCGAUGCCUGCAGUACGUCCUGCAAUGGCAGCUCGCAACGCUGGUCCUGGGAGGAGGAGGCUACAACCUUGCUAACACAGCUCGCUGCUGGACGUAUUUGACUGGCGUCAUCCUUGGGAGAACGCUGUCCUCCGAGAUCCCGGAUCACGAGUUCUUCACAGAGUACGGUCCCGAUUAUGUGCUGGAGAUCACACCGAGCUGCAGACCAGACCGCAACGAGCCACAGAGAGUUCAAGAAAUUCUUAACGCUAUCAAAGGCAACCUGAAGCAUGUUUAG